CAAUGUCUGGUCCAACUGAUGAGACUGCAGGAGACCUGCCUGUGAAAGAUACAGGUCUAAAUCUCUUUGGAAUGGGAGGGUUACAAGAAACUUCAACAACACGGACAAUGAAGUCUCGCCAGGCAGUGUCACGUAUCAGUCGUGAGGAACUGGAAGACAGAUUUUUGCGUUUGCAUGAUGAGAACAUUUUACUUAAACAGCAUGCCCGCAAGCAAGAGGAUAAAAUUAAAAGAAUGGCCACCAAGUUAAUACGGCUAGUUAAUGACAAGAAAAGAUAUGAAUGGGUUGGUGGCGGCCCCAAGCGGCUGGGAAGAGAUGUGGAAAUGGAAGAAAUGAUUGAGCGGCUGCAAGAGAAAGUUCAUGAGCUUGAAAGACAAAAUGAAGUCCUCAAAAACAGACUAAUUUCAACCAAACAGCAACUUCAGAUCCAGGGUCACAGGCAAACUCCAUACAGUUAUGUGCAAUCUCGUGUUAACACUGGGCGUAGAAAAGUGAAUGAAAAUGCAGGCUUACAGGAAUGCCCCAGGAAAGGUAUUAAAUUCCAAGAUACAGAUGUAGCAGAAACUCUGCAACCCAUGCCUACAAAACAUGGCAACAUUUUACUCGAAGAAGCCAGAGGAGAAAUAAGAAAUUUAGAAAAUGUUAUUCAGUCACAGAGAGGCCAGAUAGAAGAGUUAGAACACUUGGCUGAGAUCCUGAAAACUCAGUUGAGGAGAAAAGAAAAUGAAAUUGAGUUAUCUCUUCUUCAGCUUCGAGAACAGCAGGCUACAGAUCAAAGGUCAAACAUUCGGGACAACGUAGAAAUGAUUAAGCUUCAUAAGCAGCUAGUGGAGAAAAGCAAUGCUCUUUCCGUAAUGGAAGGAAAAUUUAUUCAGCUUCAAGAGAAGCAAAAAACUCUCCGGAUCAGCCAUGAUGCCUUGAUGGCAAAUGGAGAUGAGCUAAACAUGCAGCUUAAAGAGCAGCGUUUAAAAUGCUGCACUCUUGAGAAGCAGUUACGUUCCAUGACAUUUUCUGAAAGAAGAAUAGAAGAGCUGCAGGAUAGAAUUAAUGAUUUAGAAAAGGAACGGGAACUUUUAAAGGAAAACUAUGAUAAACUUUAUAACAGUGCCUUCAGUGCUGCCCAUGAAGAGCAAUGGAAGUUAAAGGAACAGCAGCUGAAAGUACAGAUUGCUCAACUCGAGACUGCCUUAAAAUCCGAUUUAACAGACAAAACUGAAAUCCUUGACAGAUUAAAAACUGAAAGAGACCAAAAUGAGAAGAUCAUUCAAGAAAAUAGAGAACUACAGUUACAGUACCUGGAACAAAAGCAACAACUUGAUGAACUUAAAAACUGCAUGAAGUUUUACAACCAGGAGAGUGAUAUUAAUGCUGAUGAAUUGAGUGAAGCUCUCCUGCUUCUAAAGGCUCAAAAAUCACAAAAAAAUGGAGACCUUUCUUUUUUAGAAAAAGUAGACAGUAAAAUUAAUAAAGAUCUAGAACGCUCCAUGAAAGAGCUGCAAGCAACUCAUGCAGAAACAGUGCAAGAACUUGAAAAGACAAGAAACAUGCUAAUUAUGCAACAUAAAAUUAAUAAAGAUUAUCAGAUGGAAGUUGAGGCGGUGACCCAGAAGAUGGAAAAUUUGCAGCAAGAUUAUGAACUCAGAGUGGAACAGUAUGUCCACCUUCUUGAUAUCAGGGCUGCACGCAUCCAGAAACUAGAAGCCCAAUUAAAGGAUAUUGCCUAUGGCACCAAGCAGUACAAAUUUAAACCAGAAAUCACGCCAGAUGACUCCGUUGAUGAGUUUGAUGAAACCAUUCAGUUAGAACGAGGCGAAAACCUAUUUGAAAUCCAUAUCAACAAAGUAACCUUUUCUUCUGAAGUGUUACAGGCAUCUGGAGAUAAAGAGCCUGUCACCUUCUGUACCUUUGCUUUCUAUGAUUUUGAACUACAGACAACUCCCAUAGUGCGGGGCCUUCACCCAGAAUAUAACUUUACUUCUCAAUAUCUCGUUCAUGUUAAUGACUUAUUCUUACAAUACAUUCAGAAAAAUACUAUAACUCUUGAGGUCCACCAGGCUUACAGCACAGAUUAUGAAACAAUCGCAGCAUGUCAAUUGAGAUUCCAUGAAAUUCUAGAAAAAAGCGGUCGAAUAUUUUGCACAGCAAGUUUGGUUGGAACUAAAGGAGACAUCCCCAAUUUUGGCACAGUAGAAUACUGGUUCCGAUUAAGAGUUCCCAUGGAUCAAGCAAUUCGACUUUAUCGAGAACGGGCAAAGGCUUUGGGAUAUAUAACAUCAAAUUUUAAGGGGCCAGAGCAAAUGCAAUGGUUAAGUCAGCAAGCACCCAAAACUGCUCAGCUCGGUUCUACUGAUUCCACAGAUGGCAACUUAAAUGAACUUCAUGUUACAGUAAGAUGCUGCAGCCGCCUGCAGUCCCGAGCAAGCCACCUUCAGCCACACCCAUAUGUUGUGUACAAGUUUUCUGACUUUGCAGACCAUGACACAGCCAUCAUUCCCUGUAGCAGUGAUCCACAGUUUGAUGAUCAUAUGUGUUUCCCAGUGCCAAUGAAUAUGGAUUUGGAUCGAUAUCUUAAGUCAGAGUCUCUGAGUUUUUAUGUGUUUGAUGAUAGUGAUACCCAGGAGGAUAUUUACAUAGGAAAAGUCAAUGUGCCUCUGAUUUCAUUGGCACAUGACAGGUGUAUUUCAGGAAUAUUUGAGUUAACAGAUCAUAAAAAGCAGCCUGCAGGAAGCAUCCAUGUUAUACUGAAAUGGAAAUUUGCUUACCUUCCACCAAGUGGAUCCAUAACAACUGAAGACUUAGGGAAUUUCGUACACAAAGAAGAGUCUGAAGUUGUUCAAAGACUACCUCCAGCAUCCUCUGUUAGCACACUAGUUGUAGCACCAACACCUAAACCAAGACGUUUAACACCUAAAGAUAAGAAGGUAUCUUUUGUGGAUAUCACACCACAUCAGCGUUCUGAGACCUGUACUUCUCCUGAAGAUAUGAAGGAAAUUUCACCAGAAGUGGAACAUACACCAGAAAUAGAAAUUAAUAUGCCAACUGUUUCACAUAUUCCUGAGGUUUCUCAGGAAAGCAGUGUAGAUAAGGUAAAAGAGAAUACAGAGAAAGUACAGCAAGGAAGAGAUGAUGAUGUGUCUUUACUCUCUGAGGGUCAGCUUGCAGAACGGACUUUGACUUCUUCUGAAGAUGAAACAGAAAUAACUGAAGAACUGGAACCAGAAGAUGAAGAAGACAGAUCAGCUUCUGACAGUGAUGAGUGUAUUAUUCCAGGUCCUACCGCCAAGACCAUCAAACAGCCAUCAGAAAAAAUUCGGAUUGAGAUCAUAGCUCUAAGCCUUAAUGAUUCUCCAGUAACUGCAGAUGAUACUAUCCAGCGACUAUUCAUUGAGUGCCGAUUCUACAGUCUUCCUGCUGAAGAGACACCUGUGUCACUUCCAAAACCCAAGAGUGGGCAGUGGGUCUACUAUAACUAUAGCAAUGUGAUCUACGUGGAUAAAGAAAACAACCAAGCCAAGAGAGACAUCUUAAAAGCUAUACUACUUAAACAAGAGAUGCCUAAUAGAAGCGUUCGCUUCACUGUGGUCAGUGACCCUCCAGAGGAUGAGCAGGAUCUGGAGUGUGAGGACAUCGGCAUUGCUAACGUUGACCUCGCCGACAUGUUUCGGGAAGGGAGAGACAUCAUCGAGCAAAGUAUUGAUGUUUUGGAUGCUCGAGCAGAUGGUGGAGGUAUUGGCAAGCUCAGGGUAACUGUCGAAGCACUCCAUGCCCUACGGUCUGUCUACGAGCAAUACAGAGAUGACUUGGAGGCUUGAAAGAAACUGCUCCAGAGGCAUCUCCUACUCCUGAGUAAAUGCUCACAUGAAAGCACUUAGAUGAGAUUUUCGUAAUUACUCUGGUUGAAGUAACAGAGGCUGAAACUCAGAAAGCUCUCAGCGAUCACUGAAAAAAACAAUUUUAGACAAGAAUUCAGGGAGUAUUGUACUAAUGAGUCCUUCCUGAGGAAUCUACUGGAAGACCACUUUUGUCCAACUAAGAGAUGAAUGAGGAAACUGUUUAAAAGACUGGUGAAACGUACUUAGAGUUCUAGAGGCUAGAAGUCUGAAACCAAGGUGUUGGCAGGGCCAUAGUCCCCAUGAAGACUUCAGGGAAGAAUCUGUUCCAUGCCUGUCUCCUAGCUUCCAGUGGUUACUGCACAAACAGGCAGGAGGAGAGACAUUUGUCAAUGGUGAACCAGUCUCUGAAGGUGGUCUGCAAGAAUGUAUCACCCAGGUAGCAGCCCUUCCCCAUGAACCCAUGGUUCGUGGAUUACACAGGCUCCGGACAAGCAGCCUCAGCUGCCAUGGCUCACAGGCCCAGCCACUCCACGGCAUGUGGGAUCUUCCCGGACCGGGGCACGAACCCGCGUCCCCUGCAUCGGCAGGCGGAUUCCCAACCACUGCGCCACCAGGGAAGC